AUGUCCGUUGCGCCGUCGCCCAAGUCGUUCACGGACCCGCCCGGAUACGCCUUCCCGGCCCACCGCCUCGCCCGCGAGCUCCGCAACCCAGACAAGCGGCCCGUCGUCCUCGUCGCCUGCGGCUCCUUCAGCCCCGUCACCUACCUCCAUCUCCGCAUGUUCGAGAUGGCGAAGGACUACGUCCGCCAGAACACCGACUGGGAGAUCGUCGGCGGCUACCUCUCUCCGGUCAGCGACCAGUACAAGAAGCCGGGCCUGAUCUCUGCCUUCCACCGGGUGAACAUGUGCUCGCUCGCCGCCGAGCAGACCUCGCAGUGGCUCAUGGUCGACCCCUGGGAAGCCGUGCAGGACUACCAGCGCACCGCCGUCGUCCUCGACCACGUCGAGCACGAGAUCAACACCGUCCUCGGCGGGAUCGCCACCUCCUCCGCGCCCGACGCGCCCCGCGUCCCCGCCCGCGUCCUCCUCCUCGCCGGCUCGGACCUCAUCGCGACCAUGUCCGAGCCCGGCGUGUGGUCCGAGCCCGACCUGGACCACAUCCUCGGCCGGUACGGCGCGCUCAUCGUCGAGCGCGCCGGCGCGGACACGGACGCCGCGCUCGACGCGCUCGCGCGCUGGCGGCGCAACAUCCACCUCGUCCACCAGCUCGUGCAGAACGACGUGUCGAGCACGAAGGUCCGCCUCUUCCUCCGCCGCGGCCUCAGCGUGCGCUACCUGCUCCCCGCGCCCGUCGUCGAGUACAUCGAGGAGCGCGGGCUGUACAUGGACGACCCCGCGGCCGCGGAGAAGGACAAGGGCAAGGAGCGCGAGAAGGGCGACGGCCCCGCGCCCUCUGCGUCGCCGUCGUCGUCUGCCGUCGCGGCAUCAUAA